GAAAGCCAGUGUUCUCAUCGCAAGGACACUUUCAGAAACAGGCACCAGCAUAAUGUCAGGAGCAGGAGGGUUGUUUAGGGACUCAUUUUCUGGAGAACGUUCCUCUUUCGGCAGAGGACGCGCCUCUUUUGCAGAGAGACCCUCUUCUUUUGGAGGACGCUCUUCAUUUGCAGAUUCAACUAACCAACAUCCUAUGACCAGCACCUCACGUCUCUCCAUGCUACCCAAGAAUGGGUCAUCUUCAACAUUCGUUCUUCCUACCCCACAAAUCGACAGCGAGGAUUUCUUGGCCACUGCUGCAACAUUCCUCAAUGAUUUUAACAUCUCUGUUGAAAAGAUCAAAGCAAGGAUUAUAAGCAACGCGAGCCAGUGGGUCCAAGAUACAUCUGAAGUACGUGAAUCGGAUAGAGAAAUUCGCGAAGAUAUGAAGGUUGCUAUUGCUAAACAAAUUGCUCGGGCCAAAGCGCGCAAGAAGGAAAAGGAAGAGGCUAGUAACAUGGCAAGAACAAUCGAUCUGUUGACAGAGCAGAAAGAUCAUAUGGACCAAGUUCGCGGAAAUUUGGAAGCACAAGUUAUUGCCCUCAAGAAAGAAAUUAAAGCUAAACGAGAAGCAAGGACUGCGCUGAAAAAAGCACUGGAUGAGCAGAUGUUAAAGAACAAGCCAGAGUUGACAUGCUUUGAAUCAAUUCUGGCGAUGCGGAUUGUUGGAAUCAAAGAGGAUCAUAUUGGCUUUGUCUUUACGCGGAUAAAUGAGCUGGAUUGGGAACAAGAGUACUCUAUCAUUGUAGAUGUGUCUCAACGCGACUUUUCAGUUUCAGAUUGUAAUCCUCUUAUACCUCAACUUCCUUCAUUAAUUCAGUCUUUGAAUGAGACCAGAGACUUCUAUGAGUUCCUAAAAAGAGUUCGGAAAGCAUUCAAGGACCUCGCUAAGAAAUGACCUUUAUUUGAGUGACCUAGAUUGGAUCUACAGGAAGAGUGAGGUCCAUUAGCUUGUUAUCAAAGUUAUACCCCUCCGUCAUGAAGAGAACCGGAUCAUAAGCAGAGAAAGGAAAAAAAAAAAAAAAAAAAAAAAAA